GGCUCGCUUUAUUCAGUGCUCGCCCUCCUCCGAACAGCAGACGUACCGUCAGACUUUUUUUUAAUCAAGCCGCAGCGGCAAGAACGGUUUUCCAGCUCGAAUUCAUUCUAAGUUCCCAUUUGGGAAGAAAAAAAAAAUCCAGGCGGGUUUUAUUUUUAAUUUUAAACCCGGCCAACUGCCCCGGUACCGCCAGCAUUUCGAUUUUUUUUUCCCCACGUAGCCGCUCUGUUGAAGGGGUUUUGAGGGGGAGGGAAAAGGAAAACUCUCGGCAUCGCUGAUUUCCAGAGAUCGUAUCGUGUCAGCCUUAGAUGGCCAGCUUCCCAGAAUUUGUCAACGAGAAUGAAAUAGUGCCAACCAUGCUCCCACAGUUGUUGCUGUCAUUAGCAUAAAACUCUUUUGCUUGAUCAGCUUGGAGAUAGACUCCUCAUGAACAGAGUUGGCUACUUGGACAGAAUCUGCGAAGAAUUUUGCUGUUGCCAACAGUUGCAAUGUGGUCCCAAUUUAUUGUGAACACAGCAAAGCCUCCAGAAGCACAGGCCCGGCUUAUUGCUGACCUUUGGGCACCAGUUGCCCCGUUUGAGCAAAAGUCUGGCCGUGAAACCUGGACUGUGGCUUUUGCACCUGAUGGCUCAUAUUUUGCUUGGUCGAAAGGACAUCGUGUAGUAAAGUUGGUUCCUUGGUCUCUGUGUGAAAAUAAAAGAUUGUAUGAUAAUGAGCAUGAUAAUGCAGUCAAUAAAAUUCUCAGGAAACAAAAUGGCUACAGUCAGAAGAAUCACCCAGAAGAGCACACUAUAGACUGUGGUGAUAUUGUGUGGGCCCUUGCUUUUGGCUCUUCUGUACCUGAAAAACAGAGUCGCUGUGUGAACAUUGAAUGGCAUCGAUUCAAAUUUGGCCAAGACCAGUUACUGCUGGCGACUGGCCUGAGCAACGGGCGUAUCAAAAUUUGGGAUGUGUACACAGGUAGAUUCCUUCUUAAUUUGAUGGAUCACAAUGAAGUUGUUCGGGAUUUGACCUUUGCACCUGAUGGCAGCCUUAUCUUAGUGUCUGCAUCGAGAGAUAAAACUCUGAGAGUCUGGGAUUUGAAAGAUGAUGGCAAUAUGGUGACUGUACUGAGAGGACAUCACAACUGGGUGUAUUGCUGUGCCUUCUCUCCAAAUUCAAAUAUUCUCUGCUCUGUUGGAGCUGGGAAAGCGGUUUUUCUGUGGAACAUGGAAAGCUACACCAUGAUCCGUAAACUUGAAGGUCACCUUAAUGAUGUGGUAUCAUGUGAAUUCUCUCCUGAUGGAGCAUUGUUGGCUACAGCCUCAUAUGAUACACGAGUUAUUGUAUGGGAUCCACAUACAGGCAGUAUUUUGUUCGAACUGGGGCACCUGUUUCCACCUCCAACUCCAAUAUUUGCUGGUGGAGCAAAUGAUCGCUGGGUGAAAUCUGUUGCCUUUUGCCAUGAUGGUUUGCACAUUGCUAGUAUUGCUGAUGACAAAAUGGUGAGAUUCUGGAGGAUUGGUAAAGAUUGCCCAGCAGAAGUUGCUCCUUUAAGUAAUGGCCUAUGUUGUGCCUUUUCUCCAGAUGGUAGUGUUCUUGCUACUGGGACACAAGAUGGUAGUGUUCACUUCUGGGCCACUCCCAGGCACGUCCCUUGUCUUCAGCAUCUCUGUCGCAUGGCUCUGCGAAGAGUAAUGAUUACCACGUCUGUUGAGAACCUGCCUAUCCCACCAAAGAUAGUCGAAUAUCUAACUUAUCGCACAAACUGACCAUUUGGAGCUGCGUAGCUUCAAAAAAAACCUAUGUCGUAUGUUGCCUUUAUUGUUUAGAUGUAGACAAACGGGUGUAUUUUGCUGCCUUUGUCAGCAAAACUUUUAUUUGGAGCCUGGUUAGUUCAUAACAGAUUUUCUUCUGUAAAAACUGUACAUUCUGUAAACCUGUACCGUUAUAUAUAAAUGUCAGCUUGUACCAUAGCUCCUUUCUAUUCUGUUUUGAUGGUCCAAUUUUUUUGUUCUUGUAAAUAAAUUUUAUUUUGUAAAUGUAUUUUUUGGAAAUGGCUGAAAGGUUUGGUAUUCAAUAUUGUCUGCAACUGAAAGGAAAAAGUCAUGUCAACUGCCAAAGACUUGUUUUUGUAAGCUAUCAUUUACAAAUGCAGACAAAAGCUGCACUUCAUUUAAAUGUGAAUUUAUAUUUCCUUCAUCUAUUAAAGAGAAGUUGAGUUUUA